AUGGUGUGUCAAAAUGAGUGUUCAAAUCACGGCUCAUGCGAUCAGUACAGCAAACAAUGUUUAUGCGAAGCAUUUUGGAUGCAAGACAUAAUCCGAUUUCAUUUCGGUGAUCGUGAAAGCAAUUGUGUAAUGGCAUUGUUUUGGACGUGUGUUUGCUGUGUGUCGCGGCUGAAGAGCCAGAAGCGUCCGGCGCUCACCAAAUCGCGUCGCUAUCGUAAGUCUAAUCGCAACAGAUAUACACUUCUGGAAGACGAGAACGACGACACGUUCACUGCAGACAGGAUUGAACUGUUGGCCAAUAAUGUGAAAGAACUGAACGCUCGCAACGCAUACCUGUCCGUUGACGACGACUCCCUCUCCGACACUCCAAUGAUCACCAGAAACGGCACCAAAAGUCACUCAAUGGUCUCAUAUCUGAGAGAAAGAUUCGCACUUAAGGAUUGA